AUGUGCCACCUUCAGCAAACCAAAGAUAUCUUUUUUUUUCUCUUUGAGGGAAACGAUCUGUCAUUCAUCCAAAAGAGUCACGCCGCCCACCGCAACAAUCCUCACUACGGCGUCCCGAAGAUUGCAAGCGCCUCGGAGUUUCUCAUUGUUCACUUUGCCGGCACUAUCGCCUACUCGACGGAGGGACUAGUGGAGAAGAAUCGUGACCGAAUCCGCCCGGAGGCUCUGGACAUGUUGUGCAACAGCAACAUCGAGGCCAUAGCUGCAAUGUUUCUUCCUGCAAACGCGAAUCGCCGUGGCGGUGGCGGUCCAGCCUCGCGGAUUGGACGCUCACCCACCCUCCUUGACAGCUUCCACACUUCACUCCUAGCUCUCAUGGAGACCAUGAAAACGUGA